AUGUGCGAAGAGCUUCGGGCGCUGGCGAAGGACAAGCUUCUCGCCGUGCUGCCGGCGGUUUCAUUUCAGGCCCUUCUGGACUACGCCGUGCCUGGCGAGAUGGGGAGGGAACUGGAAGAGUACGGAGAGGUUACCUUGGCAAUGCUGCUGGAAGCCGCGCCUGCCGAUGUGCGCGCGGAAUUCAAGCAUCUCGGGUCAUGUGUCUUGGGAGACCUUGCGGCUGCGCAGGGAUUAGCCGGAAACAAGGAAGAGCUUCGGGCGCUGGUGAAGGACAAGCUUCUCGCCCUGCUGCCGGCGGUUUCAUUGCAGGCUCUUCUGGACUACGCCGUGCCUGGCGAGAUGGGGAGGGAACUGGAAGAGUACGGAGAGGUCCUCGUGGCGGCGCAGGAGGUUACCUUGGCGAUGCUGCUGGAAGCCGCGCCUGCCGAUGUGCACGCGGAAUUCGAGCAUCUGGGGUCAUGUGUCUUGGGAGACCUUGCGGCUGCGCAGGCGGGUGCUUUGUUGGAAGGUUUAUCUUCGGAUCGACAGGGCUUAUGGACGGCGUGCGAGAACGCAGGGAUUAGCCGGAAACAAGGUGGGAGAAGUUUGCAGCAGGAAGAGCUUCGGGCGCUGGAGAAGGACAAGCUUCUCGCCGUGCUGCCGGCGGUUUCAUUUCAGGCUCUUCUGGACUACGCCGUGCCUGGCGAGAUGGGGAGGGAACUGGAAGAGUACGGAGAGGUCCUCCUCAUGGCGGCGCAGGAGGUGGCCAGACUGACAGAGCUCCUUCGUGCAUUGGGAGCGGGUGCAGAUGAGCUCAGGAAAGCGAGCAGUGUGUGGGGGAUCGAAAUACGAAAUGCCAGUGGCAGACCGCGCACAGCGCAAAGUGUGCGCUCCGAGUUGCGCGGCGCCUGCGUUCGAUUUCUGAAAGAAACGCCGGUUAGCGACGCCUUGGGUGACGCGGAGCAGGGCGUGACUGCGUCUGCGGUUGCGCGCGCGGCAGCGGACGUAAAAGUUCCGGCGCGUUGGUGGAGCAACGCGUGCAGGUUGCCCCUCGGUACUUUGGCGGAGGCUGUCGUGUGGCUGCAGCAGAAUCGCGUCGUGCCGCGCAAGACUCGCGGUGUUGCCGGUGCCGCAGGUAGCCUGAAAGAUGUCCAGCAAAGGAAGUGUACGCCUUUUGCGCAAGAUUUCCGGCACGUGCAUAUUCCGCAUCACUGGGAUGGUCAGCAAGUCCUGCGGCGUUUGGCGGGCAUGGAGUUGGAGCACGCGGUUGUGGUUGCACGGCGGAUUGAGUUGCCGUUGUUGGAUGGACCUUUGGUGGUGGAGGUGAUGCGAGCGCGAUGUCAAACUGAUGCUAAAAGAUGUGUGGGGAGCGUCCACACCUUGGUGAAUGCUCUGGAAUCUGCACGGAACAGUAUGCCGGACCAAGCAGCGUGGUUUGAAAGCGCCUGGGGUGUGAAGGAGCGAGAGCAUCUUGCGACUCUGGUGAAUGACUUCGACACCUUCCUGUCAGUUCACGCGCUUCGAGAGCUUUGGGCCACGGCGUCGUUGGGCACGCUCAUGGUGUGGGUGGGCUGGUUUGGUAUUUUACAACAUCGAGAACACAGGAAGCCCCGCGUGCAGGAGGUUGUGACAGAAUGCCGGGGACUGCUGAAGGCACCCGCUACGUACAUCUUGUCUGAGCGCGUGGACACGUGCGCGUCGCCUCCGUCUUUCAAGCGGGAGGCUGCCAUGGCCGGUUUCGGCGCGUGCCGGACACUGCCUGAAGAGUUGUUGCCUGUCUUGACGGCGCCGAGACCUUGUCAACUCUGCGGGGAUGGCUUUGUUGAGUGGUCGGAUCUGGACACGAAGCAUAUCAAUUGGGCGGAGUACCGCAAGCGUGUUUUUUGGCACGCGCAGUACGAAGCGGCCGAUCCGUGUGACGCCCAACGUGUUUGGCGACGGUGUGAGCAAAUAGCCAUGAACUCUACGUGA